UCUAUGCAAUUAAAAAACUUUAUCUGAUAUAUUGAAGUGGACGUAUAGCAACAUUAAUAUAUUGUGGAUCAUAUGUUAAAGCGCCGUCAGGAAGAGGCUGAUGUAGUUUGUCAGCAGAAGAACAUGAGAGCUGAAAGGAAAUAUAAUAUGCACUGUUUUUAUUUUAUAAAUGUUUUCGGAAAGCACCUUUGGCUCUGUGAUCAUCAGUGCUGAUGGCAGGAUACACAGAGCUGAACUCAGUGUGUGCCGCCCGACACAGGCUCUCUGAGCUGAGGAGAGGGUAAGAUGAAGAUUUGGGCUGUGAUGCUGGCGUGUGCACUGAUGCUGAGCGGCGUGUCGUCUGUCCCGCUGUGUCUACAAAACCCCAAAAGAGCCGGACACUCUCGCUGUCCACAACCACACACUAAGUGUCCGCAAAGACUGGACCAAAAUCUGCCUGAUGCUCGUACCAUCAAACAUCCGCAGCCGAAAAGUCACUCAGACAGCUUGCCCGCUCCCGACUCAGCCUUCAUCCACAGAUUCAAGAGAUCCCCGAAACGGAGAGGUUUCCUCCGUAACAAGACGGACAGGAAGAGGCCGAGUCGUGACGAGAGAGAGAAAGGAAAAAACAGAGCAUGUGCACUAAGACAAGUCCAGCUGAAAGUGUCAGAUCUGGGCUUGGGCUAUCGGAGUCAGGAGGAGAUGAUAUUCAGCUACUGCAGCGGCGUGUGUGUAAACUCACUCACAAACUACGACAAAAUCCUCACCAGUCUCGCCGGCGGUGAUAAAAACACUCUGCACAGCUCGCCCCCCACCGCCUGCUGUCGACCCGUCCAAUACGACGACGACCUGUCCUUUCUGGAUGACAACCUGAUGUACCACACCAUGGAGAGGCACUCGGCACGGAGAUGUGGCUGUGUCUGAGCAGCUGUGGGAGACAAUGACACAAGACAAUUUCAGGUUGUAUGACUUGGUUGAGGGAACCAUCAUGAUUGCAUUUCUCUGAGAAGAUACAGGAUAGGGGAAUUUCAAGAAUGGUGUUGCAGGAUGUUAAACUCCAUGUUUUUAAAAGUUCUUGGUGUCUUUUUGACAUUUAACCUCCACUAAUGUGGAGAAUUUAAAUAUGUUCAAU